CUCCUGGCCGAGACGGCCGACGACUCACAAUAAUCUCUGAUUUUGGCUGCUACUAGCCUCGACCUUCGACGCAUCAACUUUAAUUUUUUUUUAAGAAGUACACACAGUUGUUAACGUUAAACCUACGAGAUUUCUCGACAGCAAUCGGCAGACGUGCUCGGCAAGAGCAUGGACAAGGAGGCUGAGGCGAGUGCCGCUAAGGUCGAAGAACAAAAUGUGCUGAUGGAAACGGAGGCGAGCAUUCCGGCAGGUUUGGUCGCCUCACCGCAAAGUCCGCAAACUGUCCGGCCGCCGCCGACCAAAGCCAGAACGCCAGCAGCAGUCACGCCUUUAGCCGCCAAAAGUGCGGAUUCCAAUCAAAGAAGGAGCUCACGCUCGAUACGAAGAAGACGCUUUGACGACGAAAUAGUCGAGUCAAGUUUGGGCCGCAGCUCCUUUACGACCCCCCUGGCGGCCAAAGCAGGGUCCAAGACGCCCUUCAGCAGUCCCCACUCGACGACGCCCGCGAAUGUCUCCUCCAGUUCUCCGACAGCAACGCAGGUGCCCGCGAGUGCUCUCGGCAGCUCUGUCAGCUCACCGGUGACGCCGAUUUUACCGCAUACGCCGGCCCUUGUUGGAGGGUCCGAACGGAAGAGGCCUUCCAAGGGCGGCAGCCACAAGAAGCGGGCCAAAUUAAAACAGUCGGCUAACAAGGACCUUGGCCGCUGGAAGCCAUCAGACGACUUGGCCCUCAUCAUUGGAGUCAUGCAGACAAGUGACUUGAAGGUGGUGCACACUGGUGUCAAGUUCAGCUGUCGCUUCACCUUCGCCGAAGUGCAGGGCCGCUUCUGGGCCCUGAUGUACGACCCAGCGGUCAACAGGGUGGCAAUGGCGGCCAUGAGGAAUUUGCACCCAGAGAUGAUUGCUGCUGUCAAAUACAAGGCUCUUUUCAGCUCGGCGGAAGAGAUCCUGCUCGCACGCAUUCCCGCGCAGAAUUCUCAGCCAACCCAGGAGGUGUUCCAGAAGCUGCUGGAUGAGAACGCGAGCGUCUUUUACGAGAGUCGCACCGCCAAGAAGCUAUACAACCAUUGGCUGCUGAUGCGCCAGUACCACCUUCUACCUGAUCAAACAAACCAAGGUUCGCAGCGGCCAGACCAAACUUACAGUCUCUCUGAGACAGAAGAGCUAAUGCGUGACAACGACCUCACUGACCCCAAAGAUGAGGCGCUCUGCCACGAAAUGAGCCUAGCAGACAGGGCGCUGCAGCGGCAGGUGAACCGGCUGGAGGCAGAAACGAAGCAGUGGUCAGUGGCUGUGGAGCACGUGACGGGCAUCGGCCCGGUCGAGUUCGACAACCAGACGCUAGCAGUGCUGCGCGGCCGCUUUGUGCGCUACCUUAUGCGCAGCCGCGAGAUCACACUGGGCCGCAUGUCCAAGGACCUGAGCGUUGACGUCGACCUGGCCCUUGAGGGCCCCGCCUACAAGGUUUCGCGCCGUCAGGGCACCAUCAGGCUCAGGAACAAUGGUGACUUCUUCCUUGUGUGCGAGGGAAAACGCGCCAUCAUGGUCGACGGCAAGCCGCUGCUCACCGCCAAAAAGACGCGCCUCAACAACAACUCAGUUAUUGAGAUUUCUACCCUGAGGUUCACGUUUCUGGUGAACCAGGAACUGAUCGCCGUGAUUAGGCAAGAGGCGGCGAAAAUGAAUCUGCAGCCCAUGGCCAGCACUCCGCAGCGAGUCUAAAUAUUUGUAAUUAAAACUAUUAAAGUAAGCAUUUUUCUAACUGA